UCUCUUUGUUCUCAUCUCUUCAUCCCAAAAAUAAAACUAAAAAUAAAAUCAACAAAAUAUUACAUAUACCCAUCAUCAUCAUCAUCCACAUAAUCUUGAAGAUCUCUUUCCAUAUUCACCUUUGUUAAUUCAUUAUUAGAAAACAAAAGUAAAGAAAAUCUUCCCAACAAUUUUUUCCUUCCUUAUCCAAUACCUCUUUCCUUAAUUAGCUCCCAAAAUUUCACACUAUAUAUUUUUUAGUAUAUACCCACAUGAAGCUCAUUGCUCUCAUCCUAAUCUAUAACACCCACCGAUAACAACACCAAAAACCCACAAAGAAUUUGAUCUUUUUUUCAUUUUAUUUUAUUGGGUUUUCUUGCUUUUCCUCCAUUGUUGAGAAUCCAAAAUACCCAAAAAGAAAAAUGCUUUCUAGACCAUGUUUUAAUCUCCAUAAUUUGGAGGAAUUACCAGAGUUAGACCAAAAAAUGGGGAGAAUUCCAUCAGUGAUGACAAAACCCGGGAUCAUUCCUGAAUUUGAUGAUCUUUCAUCUCCCCAUUUUAUUGGACAAAGAAGAAUCAUUGUUGCAAAUCAAUUGCCUUUAAAAUCUUUUAAAGAAGAUACAAAAUGGAUGUUUGAAUUUGAUGAAGAUGCUCUUUCAUUGCAGUUAAAAGAUGGGUUAGACCCUAAGAUUGAUGUUCUUCAUAUUGGGUGUUUAAAAGUUGAGAUUGAUAUUUCAGAACAAGAAGAAAUUUCCCAAUUCUUAUUGGAGAAAUUUAAGUGUUUACCAGUAUUUUUACCUCCAGAGAUUCACAACAAAUUCUAUCAUGGUUUUUGUAAGCAUUAUUUAUGGCCUUUAUUUCAUUAUAAACUUCCUAUAACUUCUAAUCAUGGUGCUGCUUAUGAUAUAUCCAAUUGGCGUGCUUAUGUUAGUGCUAAUAUGGUAUUUGCUCAUAAGAUUAUUGAGGUACUUAGGAGUAGAGGGGGUGAAGAUUUCAUUUGGAUACAUGAUUAUCAUCUUAUGUUAGUCCCUACCCUUUUGAGAAGGAGAGCUUUUAGGGUUAAAGUUGGGUUCUUUUUGCAUAGUCCUUUUCCAUCUUCUGAAAUUUUUAGGGUUAUACCUGUUAGAGAAGAAAUUUUAAGGGGUUUAUUGAAUGCUGACCUUGUUGGGUUUCAUACUUUUGAUUAUGCUAGACACUUUUUAUCAUGUUGUAGUAGAAUGUUGGGGUUGGAUUAUAAGUCUAAAAGAGGGUAUUUAGGGAUUGAUUAUUAUGGUAGAACUGUUAGUAUUAAGAUUUUACCAGUUGGGAUUCAUAUGGGUCAACUUCAAUCUUUGAUGUCAUUAGAUGAAACAGCUAAAAGGAUUAUGGAGUUAAAGAAACAAUUUGAAGGGAAAUUUGUGAUGGUGGGUGUUGAUGAUAUGGAUGUUUUGAAAGGAAUUGGUUUUAAGUUUAUGGCAUUAGGGUAUCUUUUGAAAUGUCAGCCAAAAUUUAGGGGUAAAUUGGUUCUUGUUCAGAUUGCAAACCCGGCAAGAAGCCAAGGGAUUGAUGUACAAGAAGUCGAAAAUGAAACCCAUCAAAUUGCUAAGGAGAUUAAUGAGAAGUAUGGUUAUCAAGGGUAUACUCCUAUUGUUUUUAUCAAUGACUAUGUUUCUACCUUAGAGAAGGUUGCCUAUUAUGCGAUUUCGGAUUGUUGUUUGUUGAAUGCCGUGAGAGAUGGGAUGAAUCUCGUGCCUUACAAGUACACAGUUUCUCGCCAAGGUACUCCGGUGUUGGAUUCCGCUUUAGGAAUUGACUCGUCUAUGCCUAAGAAGAGUGUGAUUAUUGUCUCAGAGUUUGUUGGGUGUUCGCCUUCCCUUAGUGGGGCGAUAAGGGUCAAUCCGUGGAAUGUGGAGCAAGUAUCCGAGGCAAUGCACGAGGCUAUCGGAAUGAAUGAUAACGAAAAACAGUUGAGGCACGAACAACAUUAUAAGUAUAUUAGUUCUCAUGAUAUUGCAUAUUGGGCUAGGAGUUUUGAUCAGGAUCUUGUGAGAGCUUGUGGUGAUCCCUUUUCGAAGAGAUGUUGGGGUGUUGGAUUCGGGUUAACUUUUAGGCUCGUGGCGUUGCCUCCGGACUUCAGAAAACUUUCAGUUGAUCACAUUAAGGCUGCAUAUAAGAAUACGAACAGUAGGCUGAUCUUGCUCGAUUAUGAUGGAACUAUGACACCACAAUCAUCUGUCGACAUGGCGCCUACUCCGGAAGUGUUGUUGCUGUUAAAUAUUUUGUGCUCGGAUCCAAAGAAUACUGUUUUUAUUGUGAGCGGAAGAAGCAAAAGCACUCUUAGCAAGUGGUUCUCUUCAUGUGAAAAGCUCGGUCUUUCAGCCGAGCAUGGUUAUUUUACUCGGUGGAAUAAGGACUCGUCCUGGGAGUCGAGUAUGCCUGGAACAGAUUUUGAAUGGAAGAAAAUUGUUCGUCCCAUAAUGGAGCUCUAUGCAGAAUCGACCGAUGGUUCUUCCAUAGAGUACAAGGAAAGUGCAUUGGUGUGGCAUUAUCAAGACUCCGACCAUGAUUUUGGGGCAUGUCAGGCGAAAGAAUUGCUUGAUCAUUUGGAAAACGUACUUGCUAAUGAGCCUGUCGUUGUUAAACGUGGCAAGCAUAUAGUCGAAGUGAAACCGCAGGGCGUGAGCAAAGGUAUUGUGGUGGAAAAUCUUAUAGCGACGAUGAAGAACAAGGGUAAACCAGCAGAUUUCGUGCUGUGCAUAGGAGAUGAUCGUUCUGACGAAGAUAUGUUCGAGGGUCUCAGUCGUACAACCUCCAGCCCUUCGUUGCCGCCUAUUCCAGAAGUGUUCGCCUGCACAGUCGGGCAGAAACCAAGCAUGGCAAAAUAUUAUCUCGACGACAGUUCUGAAGUCAUCACCCUGAUCGAAGGACUUACCGGUGCAAGCGUGCUGCAGCAACCGAAGCCGACUGAUUCACAAAUUGGUACCAACGAUAGCAAGUUUUUCUAGACUAGAAUCCUUAAAGCAGAUUAUGAUGAGAAAAAUGUAGGGAAAAAGAAACUUUGUACAGCGAAGUAUAUGUUUUUUUUCGUUUCUACAAAGUAUUUAGGAAAGACAAGUGAAUAGUUUUCUUUUUACUGAUAACAACAGAAUUUGCGGAUACCAUUUUGCUGCAUAUGUGUAAGACAAUUUUUUCAAGUUACUGAUUCUUUUCAA